GCGUGCUCAAGGACAACCGGGCAUGCUCAGUAGCACCCGGGCAGGACUUUGACACUUCGGGGGCUCGGACGGAGCUUCGCUUAGGGCAGCAUGCCUCAUAGUACAGAACUAUAUCAAGAUACUCCAUCCACAUGCUGGCCUAUUGUAUAUUCACCAGAUUACAACAUUUCCUUUCUUGGCCUGGAGAAACUACAUCCAUUUGAUGCUGGAAAAUGGGGGAAAGUAAUAAAUUUCUUGAAAGAAGCAAAGCUAAUUACAGAUGACUUGAUUGUACAGGCUCGAGAGGCCACUGAGGAGGACCUUUUAGUUGUUCACACAAGACAUUACUUGAAUCGAUUAAAGUGGUCCUUUGCAGUGGCUACAAUUACAGAAAUCCCUCCAGUCCUUUUUAUGCCAAAUUUCCUUGUUCAGAGGAAAGUGCUCAGGCCUCUGAGAACCCAAACAGGAGGAACAAUAAUGGCAGGGAAACUGGCCAUUGAGCGAGGAUGGGCAGUUAAUGUUGGUGGUGGCUUCCAUCACUGUUCAAGUGAUAGGGGUGGAGGCUUCUGUGCAUAUGCUGAUAUCACAUUGACUAUAAAGUUUUUAUUUGAAAGAGUAGAAGGCGUUUCAAGGGCAACAAUUAUAGACUUGGAUGCACAUCAGGGAAAUGGACAUGAAAGAGACUUCUUGGAAGACAGAAGAGUAUAUAUUAUGGAUGUUUACAACAGGUAUAUUUAUCCAGGAGAUGGACUUGCUAAACGAGCCAUAAAACGGAGAGUUGAAUUGGACUGGGGUACAGAAGACACUGAAUACCUUCAGAAAGUAAAAACUCACGUGGAAGGCGCACUGAAUGAAAUGAGACCAGACAUCAUUAUCUAUAACGCUGGAACUGAUAUUUUGGAUGGUGAUCCUCUGGGGGGCUUAGCUAUUUCGCCUGAGGGCAUUAUCAAAAGAGACGAAAUUGUGUUCAGAGCUGCUCGAAAGCACAGAAUCCCUAUCCUGAUGGUGACAUCUGGGGGCUACCAGAAGCGGACUGCACGGAUUAUUGCUGAUUCUCUCCUCAAUUUGCACCACCUCGGGUUGAUUGACCACGAGCUUGCAGCUUGGGAGGCUGGAACCACUGAGGUAGAACUAAUGAGCAAGGACCGUAAGGAAGAUCAUCUGGCCUCUCAGUAAAGGAGGAGAAUUUGGGAUCCCUACAUAAUACACAAUUAUAAUUGUUUAAUAUUUAAACCAUGAGAUGAACAAUAUCCCAAGUUCUCAUAGAAUUAAUAUACACUAAUAAAGACAGAUACUUACUAGUAUCCUACUUGCUUUCCAGGGACAACCUCAUGAGGGUUGUCACCACAACUUCUUCCAGUUCUUUUAAAUGCUGUUUUAUGAACUUAACACUGCCCUAACAUCUGGAAUGGGUUAGACUUGCUCUGGUCUGAGUAAAGAAAUGAGCAGUACAUUUUCUUACCUCACAUAAUCUGGCUCUUCAAAUAGGAUUUGCAUUGUUUUAAGAGAGGCAAGGAUUUCUGCGAGUGGUUGAAGGAACAUUUUUGAAAGCUAGAACAGAAUAAUGGAAAUGUGAACAUAAUGCAAAGAAAACUGAAUGUUUAUAUAUAUAUAUGUCCGUGUGUGCGUGUAGCAUUGUAACAUCUUCCAAUUAUUUUUAAAUAGAAUUCUAGCGGGAAAAUGGAAAAAAUUAAAUUCUUUAUCAGAAAGGGAAGCCAGUAUGAGUAUAUUUUUGAUCAUCUGUAAUGUGAUUAUAAUUCAAAACUACAGGCAAGGAUAGUGUGGCACUGCUAGAUUCAAAUCUAUUUGUUUUUCCCACUCUUUCCAGAAGUAUAUAACAGAAUAAUGAUCUGUUUCAUAUUUUUCACUGAAAGUUUAGGAUUAUAUACACUAAAAAUAACACAAGUAAAUGUAAGAAUUUAUCAUUGAUCUAAAGUGCAAUGCUAAGUAAUGCAUCAAUUGUAACAAAAUGUACAAACUGACAUGACUGAAGUAAUUUGCUCCAGAUUUAACAGCAAAAAGAUAAAACAAUUCCUAACACUUUUUCUAAACUGGUGCCUAUCAAAAUUGCAUGACUGAGUUCAUACUUGUUUGAUAAAAUCAAAGUUCAGUGUCAUAAUAUUCAGCUAUUAUCUUUGAUUAUAGAUCUCAUUGAUAAUAACAUUAUUUCUUUAUAAUGGUACCACUUUAUGAAUUCUGAAGCCUGGGAAAACUAUACAUGUAAAGUAAGAAUUUAAAUAUUUUUGUGUUCACUCACAUUUCUAGAAAGUGUAUAGAUUUUUUGAGAGGGAUAGGACAUGCAAUAGUUUCUUUUUAAUUUGCAGAAAGCUAUACUAUGUAAACAUUUAAGUGCUUUCUUUAAAAUGGUGCAACCCUUAUCAUUCAGAAGUAUUUUUUUUUGAAGUAGUAGUUCCUAAGAAGGAAAAACUGGUCUCUAGUCUCAGGAGCUUUUAUUACUGGAGACAAUGGUCAGAAAAUGAGAAGCAAUGGGGAUUGAUUUGUAUGUAUGUUUACAGGUUCUACAGAACCUAAAGGCUCCUCCUGUGGUACACAAAAUAAUGCUCUAAAUUAAUAAAAAAAAUUAUAGGAAAGGCAGUGGAGUUGCCAAAGGAUGUCAAUUCUCAGUGUUUGCCAGAUUCUAUACAUCAUCACUGAAAUUGAAAUACAGUAAAAGCAGACAUGGUACAGAUUCUAAUGUAUUCCAUACUCCAAAUAAGCUACAUAGGAAUUCUUUGUAAAUGAAAAUUAUAGUAAUUAGGUGCUUAGUUAAACAUGUGCCAGUGUGUCCCUAAGAAAAGGUAAACCUAUUACAUAACAAAAAUCAACCUGCCAUAAAUUUACUGGGAUGGUAAGAGCCAUGG